AUGGUUGCAGUCGUUGCAGUGGGUUGCAGCAGCAUAUAUAGCUAAGUUUGUGUAACAACAAACUGUACAUAAUAUCGUUUGUAGGUUAAGUUUAGUUAAUUUCAAAGUAUUAUUCUACUGAGAGCAGCAGUUCUAGUUUCGAUUUGUGCAAAGUUUUGUGGCAGUCACAAUGACGGAAGACCGUUUACAUAUAGAUUGGGGCAAUGAUAAACUUUUCAGGACGCAAAGGCUGGUAGAGAAGAACUCUUACGAUUUAGAGUCAUGGAGUAUUUUACUACGCGAAUCUCAGACAAAACAUAUAUCAGAAGUAAGAUGUUUGUACGAACAUUUAGUUGGUGUCUUUCCAAGUGCCUGUCGUUACUGGAAAAUCUACAUUGAACAUGAGAUGAAAUCGCGAAAUUUUGAAAAAGUAGAAAAGCUAUUUCAAAGAUGCUUAAUGAAAAUUUUAAAUAUCGAGUUAUGGAAAUUAUAUUUGACUUAUGUAAAAGAAACGAAAGCCUCUUUGCCGACAUACAAGGAAAAAAUGGCGCAGGCAUACGAUUUCGCUUUGGAUAAAAUCGGAAUGGACAUUCAUUCCUAUGUGAUUUGGAAUGAUUAUGUUAAUUUUUUAAAGAGCGUUGACGCGGUGGGAUCGUACGCUGAAAAUCAGAAAAUCUCCGCGGUUCGCAAGGUAUAUCAGAGGGGUGUCAUCAAUCCGAUGGUGGGAAUGGAAUCAUUUUGGAAAGAUUACAUAACGUUCGAGCAAGCUAUAAAUCCGAUAAUUGCGGAAAAGAUGUCGAUUGAAAGAAGUAGAGAUUACAUGAAUGCAAGACGAGUGGCUAAGGAAUUGGAAGUACAGAUCCGAGGGAUUAAUAGAAAUGCUCCGAGUGUUCCGCCGAACGGUACCUCGGACGAGGUGAAGCAAGUGGAGCUGUGGCAAAAGUAUAUAGCGUGGGAACGAGGAAAUCCCUUACGCACCGAAGACACUGCCCUAUUGACAAGGAGGGUUGUGUUUGCUCUCGAGCAAUGUUUACUAUGUUUGGGUCACCAUGCCGACAUUUGGUAUCAAGCCGCCCAGUUUCUUGAAUACAGUUGCAAAGUGCUUCAAGAGAAGGGCGACGUGACUGCUGCGAAGUUGUUCAGCGAGGAGGCAGCAAACAUGUUCGAAAGGGCGACCAGCACUCUUCUGAAUAAGAAUAUUUUAUUGUACUUUGCGUAUGCUGACUACGAAGAAGGCCGAUUGAAGUACGACAAGGUCCAUCAAAUUUAUCAAAAAUAUUUGGACAUCAUGGACAUUGAUCCUACGCUUGCGUACGUCCAGUACAUGAAGUUUGCGAGACGAGCGGAAGGCAUAAAGUCGGCGAGGAACGUAUUUAAACGAGCUCGAGAGGAUCAGCGAUCAAAGUAUCACAUCUUCGUGUGUGCUGCACUAAUGGAGUAUUACUGCAGCAAAGACAAGAAUAUAGCUUUCAGAAUAUUCGAGCUAGGUCUGAAAAAGUUCGGUGAUAAUCCCGAUUACAUUUCCUGCUACAUAGACUAUCUGAGUCAUCUGAACGAAGAUAAUAACACGAGAGUGUUGUUCGAGCGCGUCUUGAGUUCCGGGAGUCUAGAGCCGGAGAAAUCGGUGGACAUUUGGAACAAGUUUCUGGAGUUCGAGAGUAACAUUGGAGACUUGCAGAGCAUUGUGAAAGUGGAGAAAAGGAGAUCGGAGGUCCUGUCAAAGAUCAAGGAGUUCGAGGGCAAGGAAACGGCACAGUUAGUCGAUAGAUACAAGUUCUUGGAUCUAUAUCCUUGCACUCCUCAGGAGCUGAAGAGUAUUGGUUACACGGAAGUGAUCAACGUUACGGGAGCAGCGAAAAAUCUGUUGCACGGUGUGCUCAUGAAUACCGACGAUGAUUCGGUAUUGCCCAAGCCGGAUUUGGCCCAGUUGAUUCCCUACAAGCCAAAGUUCAAUCCAUCACCAGGUGACCAUCCAGUUCCUGGAGGAGUAUUCCCGCAACCGCCGGCAGUUGCGCAACUGUGCACAAUUCUACCACCGCCAUCCUGUUUCCGGGGACCGUUUGUUAUCGUUGACCAACUGAUCGAGAUAUUCAAUAGGAUCCAGUUACCCGACUCUGCGCCCAUCCCAUCGGAGAACGGUGGCACCGAGAACGUCCGAUUGUUUGAUUUGGCCAAGUCCGUUCAUUGGAUAGUCGAGGAGAGCGGAGGUGGAGCCACCGGAACGAAGCGCAGGAAGCGGAUUGGUUUAGCCAUGGAUGGUUCGGAUGACGAAGACGCCCCACUGCCGCCUACAAACGACAUAUACAGACAAAGGCAACAGAAAAGAGUUAAAUAAUUAUAUUAAAAAAAAAG